CACCGCCGCCGUCUCCUCUCUCCUCCUCCCUCCCCCAUUUUUCCUCCCAAAUAAAACCAGCCGGCAGCCGCAACGGAGGCGCAAACCCCCUACGAACCCGACCGCAAAUUCUCCUCGCGGCCCGCCGCCGUGGCGUCCGUCCCUUCGACGAGGUUGUUGCAAUUCCUUGUUCGAAUAUUUGAUGAAUGAGGAUACAAACCAACUGGGCGCAACAAGUUUGAUGGUGUGACUACACUGGGUUUUUGAAGAAGACUAGUAGAACCAAUCUUUCAAUGGACCAUCUUGCUAUUCUUGCGUCUGAAGUAGAUGAUGCAUCAGACUUUGAUGUUGAUGGCAUCAACAGCCUCAGUGAGAAUGAUGUCAGUGACGAGGAGAUUGAUGCUGAGGAGCUGGCCCGUCGAAUGUGGAAAGACAAGAUCAAGCUCAAGAGGAUCAAGGAGAGGCAGCAGAAGCUUGCUCUGCAGCGGUUGGAACUGGAGAAGUCCAAGACGAAGAAGAUAUCCGAUCAGGCCCUUCGAAAGAAGAUGGCAAGGGCCCAGGAUGGGAUUUUGAAGUACAUGAUCAAGCUGAUGGAGGUGUGCAAUGCGCGAGGGUUUGUGUAUGGGAUCAUUCCUGAUAAAGGGAAGCCUGUCAGUGGUGCAUCAGAUAACAUUAGAGCCUGGUGGAAGGAGAAGGUGAAGUUUGAUAAGAAUGGACCAGCGGCGAUCACAAAAUACGAGGUCGAGAACUCGAUUCUGAGUAAUGCCAAGAGCAAUGGAGCCAAGGAUCAGCAUAGUUUGAUGGAUCUCCAAGAUGGCACUCUGGGUUCAUUGCUUUCAGCACUGAUGCUACACUGCAGCCCACAGCAACGAAGGUAUCCGCUGGAUAAGGGUGUGCCGCCCCCAUGGUGGCCAUCAGGGAAUGAGGCAUGGUGGUCUUCACUGGGCCUUCCAAAGGGAGAAGCGCCUCCAUACAAAAAACCACAUGAUCUAAAGAAGGUUUGGAAAGUUGGAGUUCUGACAGGUGUAAUCAAGCACAUGGCCCCAAACUUUGAUAAGAUCAGAAAUCAUGUAAGGAAGUCAAAGUGUUUGCAGGACAAAAUGACUGCAAAAGAGAAUCUGAUUUGGCUUGGUGUUUUACAACGUGAGGAGAAGUCUGUUAACAGUUUUGGCAAUGCUUUGUCAGAGAUAACGAGAAAUGAGGACAUAUAUAGCAGCAGUGAUGAGUAUGACGUUGACCGCUUGGAGCAGCCUCCUCAUUCUACAUCAUCCAAAGAGGAUGAGGACACUCAGCCUGUUUUGCAGAUAAGAGGGAAGAAAACCUCAACUAGGGAGAAUAAGAGAAGGCGUCGUGAUAAAUCCUCCAACCAAGUAGUUAGUAAGGAAGACAUGACUAAAUCUCGGCAGCAGCAAAGCCUCUCAGGCCACCCUCCAGUUGCUGAGGAUGAGGUUGAAGUGACACAAAGAAAUGAUAAUCCACCAGAAAUAGGGAGCAGUGCAAUUGGUGACGUGAACAUAUUUGACCCAUUGGAUGUUGUGGGCAUAACUAACCAGCCAGCAUGCGACCCUAUCCCUACAUAUGGGUCUUUACAACAGCACGGAGAUUACCAAGGGAAUUUCCUAUCUCCUGGUGCUGCUCUCAACAACUACAACAGUAACCAGGCUGCAAGUGCUGCUCUCAACAAGCACAACAAUAACCAGGCUGCAAGUGCUGCUCAAUCAAGCACAUAUCUGAGCGAUCCACCUCUGGCUUGUGAAGGCAGUGACAUUGCCAACUCAUGGUCUGGACACUCGUUUCGACAGGAUGUUGGUCAUGGGCCUAUUGGUUUUAAUCCUUCGGCGAUUGUUCAGGCGUCGUCAAUGCAGCAGCAGCAACCACUGCCUAUGGAUCACCAUGUGCCUAUAAUGGGCACAGGAGCGCUGUCCGGGAACGGUUCUUACAGCUAUCCUGCGGCAGGGAGUGGGCAUUCGGGGACUGUUGCUAGCAAAGCUGAACAGCUCAUGGAUGAUCCUUUCUUUGGCGAGGCCACUGAUAAGUUUGCAGGCAACUCAUUUGGUGGGCUUCCUUUGAGCCUCAUUCCUAUCAGUAGCCCGAUCCCUUACCUCGAUGAAUUGCUGGACGACGAUGACUUGAUGCAAUACCUGGGCACAUGACACAGUGUCCAAUACCUGAUGACUGUGGAUAGGUGGUUCAGCAUGCUUGUGCCGCCUGUUGUGGGAAGUGUUGGUGACGUCCUGGUGGGUGUUGCUGCAGCUACUGCUCCUGAACCAUCCGGGGCGCCGUGGUGAUUAGCUAUUGAUUUGUAAGAAUAGAAUAAUACCCUAAAAUUUAGGGUGCUCGAUCUCUUGACUGUACUGGGUGCCAAAUGCCAUACUGCUAUUAGCCUUGAACUUAGCCUCUAGAAAUACUCGUUAGGAACUUGUGUCAUCAUGUGGCUGGCUGGUGGAGAAUUUCCGGAUCUGGUAAAAGCAUUUUAUUUUAUUGUUAGUGUACAUACAUUCUUGUUAGUUUUUCUGUUGAGCUGGGUGCCCA